AUGGCCGCUGCGUUGGAAAAUUUCGUCACGAUCACUCAUCGUGAUUUUAAUUGGCCGUACCCGGUACCUAUUGCUACCAAACCGGCACAACCACCGAUGAACACGGGAAUUCGACUGUACACCCCAAGAAUCCACCCUGAAGACUGUCCGUGCGACGAACAUGGCCAUCGAAGCAACAAAAAUAGGUACAAAUACCUGGCGGAAAAGGAACGACAAGUUUUGGAUCAAUUGAUAAGGGUAAAUCGUGAGAUGAGCAAUCUGACGACGGCUAUGCUAGACAGCAACUGCGAGCCAAUGGACGAGACGAUGAGGACUAUUUAUAAAACGGAUUACGAGAAGAGAGGAUUGCCUAUCAAAGAGUAUAGACAGCUGAAGGCUGCGGUCGAUUCGCCAUACUGUUCGCCGUUUCCAACGGAAGUUACAGAAAUAAAGGAGGGCUACAGGGAUCCUACGAGAUUUCGUUACACAGCGAUCGAAAGGCCGCAUAUACAACCAGCCAAAACUGUUACUUUUCACGAAGUUCCAGAAAGUUUCUCCAUGUGGGAGAUGCCUUUCACCGGUCGCUCAGAAUACAUGGAUAGUAUCAGCAAGAUGGGCCUAAGCAACAUGAAAAAUCGACAACAAUAUUUAGAACCAUUACCAUCGUCAAGAAGAAGAUUCGGGGACUGUAGAUUAUAA